AUGGUUGCCAAAUCUCGAUUCAGUUUUGCCCGCUACACUAGCGAGAACGCUCUAGUCAAACAUCUCUCCAACUGCUCGCACGCGAACCCUGUCGAGCGCAAUAGGGCCCGUACUUUCCUCGCACAGAGCACCAACCAGAAGGGGAAGACGGUGUUCGGCGUUUCAUCUGGAUCAGUCGGUGCCGAGGUUCCUGCCGGUGGGAUCGCGACUUCCCAGCUGGAGGGAGGGGCUUCUCAGGAUGUUACCCCUGCAGCAGAGGCUGCUGAAGGCCUUACAACGCCUGGAGGUGUAGUCAUCGCAAAGAAGCGCAAGGGAGAGACUCUCGAAGGCUGGGUCGACUAUCCUAUGACCGAUGCACAAGUGCAUGAGGCAAACCUUCGCCUGUUCAGAUACAUCGUUUCAGGCAACAUCGCCUUCUUGUCGGUCGAGAAUGAGUACUUCCUCGAGUUUGUCGCGUACAUUCGGCCAUCCUACGAGGUUCCGUCACGAUAUGUCCUCUCGCACAGCAUACUGGACACCGAGUAUGCCGCAGUCAAGCUUGCCGAUAUGAGUUAUCUGAGCAGUUGCGAGCUCCUGACUUAUCAGACUGAUGGCUGGGAUGAUGCACUUCGCCGCAGUCUUUAUGGGCAUCUUGCUGCUCGUAUGGGCGAUUAUCCUGUUGUCCUGGCUUUGGACGACAUGACGGGUGGCCGCGCGACUGCUCCCAACAUUCUCGCAUCCAUGGAACGUGCUUUAGCAGCAAUGGAUCAAGAGAAGGCCGAGAACUUCAUCGCACUUACGACGGACGGUCCGACCACGAUGAAAGCUUUCCAUCGGCUUGCGAAGGCGAAGUUCCCUUGGCUGAUGACGUUUUGUUGCUGGCUUCAUUCGUCCAAUAGCAUCGUGGGCGACAUCGCGAGCUUCUCGACGGCGAAAAUUACUGCACAGAAGAACACCAAGAUUGUCUCUUUCUUCAAUGCUUCCCAUUACUGGGGUGGGCAGCUGAUGGAAGUUGCUACGGGCCAGCGUCGUCUCAAGGCUAAUUGCGAUACUCGUUGGUAUGCACUUGUUCUGCAGGCUGAGAGUGUCAAGGCCCUUCGAAUCCCACUAUCAACGACCUGUCUGCGUCCUGAUGCCAUAAAGGCCACGAAGGGCCUGUCGGCCGUCAACAAAGAUGUCGUACAGAUCGUCAUUCGUGACGAGGACUACUGGAAGAACUUGGACGACCUCAUCAUUGUUACACGUCCUAUUGUCGACAUGAUCGGCAAUCUCGAAGCGCGUACCUGCAAUCUAGCAGAUUGCGUCCUUGAGCUUCUUCGCUGCGCUCGGGCAUUCACCCAGAUUUCGGCUUCUGACGUCGAUGCCGGGCUUCUCGCACACGCACGCUCUGUGUUUCAGCGGCGUAGUGUUGCUAUGCUUACUCCACUGCACGUCCUCUGCUUCUUUCUCCAUCCCCUCUGUCGCAACCUUGCUCUCAGUGCUGAGCUUACCUCCGGCUUCUCCCUCGAGUUCAUGGUGAAGACCGCACUCGGCAUAGUCAAGCAAUGGCGCUACCGCAAGGACGCACACACUCUGGCAGUCUUCAUCGGGAUGCUUCCCGGAUACCAAUCAUACGUAAAGCGGGCAUCCUAG